AGCCGGAAGCCGGGGGAAGAGGGCCGCUGACGAGCGCGAGUCCAGGGCUGGGAAAGCCGGUCGCGGGCCCUUGCCGUCCGGCAGAGCCAGCCGCGAGAGCUCCGCGACAGUGCCGGGGCCAUGGGGACUCCGCGCCGCCGGCCGCGGGUCGCUCCCGGGCCCGCGCUGGGACGGCUGCUUCUGCUGCUGAGCGUGCUGGCCCCGGGCCGCGCCUCCCCGCGCCUCUUGGACGUCCCAGCUCCGGUGUGCGCGCAGGAGGGGCUGAGCUGCAGAGUCAAGAAUAGUACCUGCCUGCAUGACAGCUGGAUCCACCAUCAGAACCUGACCCCAUCCUCCCCCAAGCACGUCCAUGUCCAGCUGAACUUUUCCUCCACCCGGCAAGGAGACCUGGUCCCUGUGUUGCACGUCGAAUGGACACUGCAGACGGACGCCAGCAUCCUGUACCUCAAAGGAGCAGAGCUGUCCAUCCUGCAGCUGAACACCAACGAACGGCUAUGUGUUGAAUUUGAGUUUCUGACCAAGCUGCAGCAUCACUAUAGGCGGUGGCGGUUUUCCUUCAGCAACUUUGUGGUAGAUCCUGGCCAGAAGUAUGAGGUGACAGUUCACCACCUGCCCAAGCCCAUCCCUGAUGGAGACCCAAACCACAAGUCCAAGCUCAUCUCUGUGCCUGACUGUGAGGACCCCAGGAUGAAGGUGACCACACCAUGUGUGAGCUCAGGCAGCCUGUGGGAUCCCAACAUCACUGUGGAGACCUUAGACACCCAGCAGCUGCGAGUGAGCUUCACCCUGUGGAAUGAAUCCACCCCCUACCAGAUCCUGCUGGAUAGUUUUCCACACUCAGGAGACCAAAACUGCUUUGAUGACAUCCAGCAAAUACCCGCGCCCAAACAGGACGAGUUCCACCAGCGAGUCAACGUCACACUCUCUCUAAGCAAGUCUAGCUGGUGCUGCCACCACCAUGUGCAGGUCCAGCCCUUCUUCAACAGUUGCCUGAAUGACUGCUUGAGGCACGUUGUAACUGUGCCCUGCCCAGAAAUCCCAAAGGCUCCAGUUUCCCUGGCAGACUCUAUUCCCCUGUGGGUGUAUGGCUUUAUCACAGUCAUCGCCAUUCUGCUAGUGGGCUCUGUCAUCCUGCUGAUCGUCUGCAUGACCUGGAGGCUCUCUGGCUCUGGUCAUGAGAAACACGGUGAUGACUCCAAAUGCAACGGCAUCUCCCCUGGAGCUGACCUGACUCCCCCGCCCCUGAAGCCCAGGAAAGUCUGGAUUGUCUACUCGGCUGACCAUCCCCUCUAUGUGGAGGUGGUCUUAAAGUUCGCCCAGUUCCUGAUCACUGCCUGCGGCACUGAGGUAGCCCUGGACCUCCUGGAAGAGCAGGUUAUCUCGGAGGUGGGGGUCAUGACCUGGGUCAGCCGACAGAAGCAGGAAAUGGUGGAGAGCAAUUCCAAAAUCAUCAUCCUGUGCUCCCGAGGCACCCAGGCCAAGUGGAAAGCCAUCUUGGGUUGGGCCGAGCCUGCUGUCCAGCUACGGUGUGACCACUGGAAGCCUGCUGGGGACCUUUUCACGGCAGCCAUGAACGUGAUCCUGCCAGACUUCAAGAGGCCAGCCUGCUUUGGCACCUACAUUGUUUGCUACUUCAGUGGCAUCAGUAGCGAGAGCGAUGUCCCUGACCUCUUCAACAUCACCUCCAGGUACCCACUCAUGGACAAAUUUGAGGAGGUUUACUUCCGGAUCCAGGACCUGGAGAUGUUUGAACCUGGCCGGAUGCACCAUGUCAAAGAGCUCACCGGGGAGAAUUACCUGCAGAGCCCUGGUGGCUGGCAGCUCAAGGAGGCUGUGGUUAGGUUCCAGGAGUGGCAAACCAAGUACCCUGAUUGGUUUGAUCGGGAGAACCUCGGCUUAGCAGGUGACCAAAAUCUCCCAUCCUUGGAUGAAGAAGUGUUCGAAGACCCACUGUUGCCACCAGGGGGAAGAAUUGUCAAACAGCGGCCCCUGGUGCGGGAGCCUUCUGAGGACUGCCUGGUGGUAAAUGUCUGUGUCAGUGAGGAAGAAAGUGGAGUGGCCAAACUUGAUCCGCAGCUGCGGCCGCAGAGAGAACUAGUGGCUCAGACCCUCCAAACCACGGUGCUGCCAACAGAACAGGUGCCGGCUGCUCGUGUGCUGGGACCUGUUCCUCUUCCAGAUGGCAGUGGAGCUGCUACCCAGCUGACCCUGGCAGAGGACAGCGAGGCCUGCCCACUGCUGGGGGCCCAGAGGAACAGCGUCCUCUGCCUCGCCGUGGAUUCAGAUGACUCCCCUCUAUGUAGCACUCCAGCGAUGUCUCCUGACCACUUCCACAGUGACGCAAGAGAGCAGCUGGAAAGCCUGAUGCUCUCGGUGCUGCAGCAGAGUCUGAGCGGACAGGCCUCGGAGAGCUGGGCAAGUCCCGGGGUGGUCCUCAAGGACCCCUGCACACCCACUGAAGAGGAACAGCGGCAGUCAGUGCAGUCGGACCAGGGCUACAUCUCCAGAAGCUCCCCUCAGCCCCCUGACUGGCUCACAGAGGAGGAACUAGAACUGGGCGAGGCCGCUGAGCCUCUGUCUCCUGAGGCCCUGCAGAACCUGAGGAGCCUCCAGCAGCAACUCUUCUUCUGGGAGCUUGAGAAGAACCCUGGCUGGGACAGCUUGGAGCCACAGAGACCAGCAACAGAAGAGCAGGCUCCCUCCUAGGGCUUCCCGAUGCUGUGCCUAAGAGGCUGUGUAUUGCGCUGGUGUGUAUACGUGUGUGGGAAGCGCCUGCCUUUGAGAUGUGGAUCUCAAAGUCUGACAGAGGGUGUAUGCCUGAAGUCCCAGAACUUGGAGCCUGAGACUUGAUGAUCUCCUGAACCCAGUUUGGGGCCAGUAUGGGCAACACAGACCUCAAGAAAAUAAAUGUAGACAUUUUGAUUCUGAUCCCUAAGCACCCCCCCCCUUACUUGCUAUGAACAUCUGGUCAUUAUCACACAGGAUCCACAGCCUGCUUCCAGGAGCUCAUAGCCAAGUGGGUCACUCAUUCCUGGAGCAUCUAUUCUGUACCUACUCUACAUCAGACAUUUGGGAUUAAAAAACGAGUUACAUGACACAGCCUUGGCCACCAAGAAGCUUAUAAACCAGCAAGGAUGAAAAAUUAGCCACCAUGAUAAUCUGAGGCAUGAGGCUGAAUAGAGGGCUGCUGCCCUGGGCUGCAGGAAAAAAAAAAAAAAAGCAAGAGCCUGAGGGGUGAGGUCUGGGCUGAGGAACUGCUUUCCUGGGAGGGAGCAGCCUGUGCAUCGAGUACUAUGAAGGAGCCAGCACUCAGGGUCCAGAGAUCUUUGUGGGGCUAGGGUGGGAGCAGCUGGGGACUCGUUCACAAACGGAUCUGUUGCCCUGUGGGGGAGGAAACUGCAUGCCAAAUAUACCAUAAGUCUCUACAGUUUUGUAGAGUCAGGAUAGAAAUGGGGAAUGCAGAACUUAAGAAGCAGGAAGAGACGUGUGAAACCCUGAGCUCAAGUGCUGGCAGCCAGUCUGUGGGAGGGCUGUGGUGUGUGAAAUCCUGAGCUCACAGCACUCAGAGUGCUGGCAGCCAGUCUGGGAGGGCAGUGGCAUGUGAUUCUUCAUGGACUGCAGUCACCUGAUCCCAGCAGCCUGGGGCCCAAGACCCCUCAGCUCUACUCAGGGAAUAGUAAUGGAGCAAUGUGUGAUAGGAGGGCCUGGCAGCGGAGAGCACAGCAGGCCCUCUGAGAUCAGAGGAGCAUGUCACUCCGUGCCUAAGGUGCCAGGAGAGGUUGCUGAAUGUAGCUCACGGGGCACCCUCUUGGGGCACAGAGCAGGCCUGGGUUCUAGCAGAUACACAGGUGCGCAUGUCCUGGGCCCCGUGCUAUCCACUGCCAGUUCUUCAGGUUUCAGGGGAGAAAAGGAUCAUGAAAUGCUGUGGGAAAAGCAGAAACAGUGUUCGCAUGUGUACAUAUUUGUGUACAGUAAUGAAGACUUAAUAAAGUUGUUAUGUUGGUAAUAA